UUUCUUUCUUUCUUUUGUUCUUCCUUUUCUCAUUGAGAUUCCAUAGUCGCGCGAACUGUGUUCCUCAUUUCCAACGUACUUCGUUUCACCUGAAAAAACAACCAUUUCACGUUUCCUUUCAUUCACUGCCUUCCAAGUUAUAGCAAUUUGAAUCCAAUCCCUUUGAUCCAAUCCAAACCCUUCAGCCCCACAAUUCCCUCCAUCCCUUAUCCUUUCUUCCAGUUUCUUUUCACUCAUCUUCCGAUCUUUGAAGAUUCAACAAUUUCCCGUACUCUCUUAUGGCGGAGGGUGAAUUGGAGAGGGGCGAGACCAAUUGUGGCCUUGCUUCAAUGGAUUCCAUCGAAUCGCGAUGGGUAUUUCAGGAUGAGGAUCAAUCGGAGAUCGACGACGACGAGGAUGAGGAAGACGACGACGAGGAUGCAGAGCGGAAUCGUCUGGAUUUGGAAUCUGAGGAAGAAGAUAAUGUUGAGCAGAAAUUGAUUCGCACUGGUCCGCGGAUUGAUUCAUUCGAUGUCGAAGCCCUUGAGGUCCCUGGUGCGCAGAGAAAUGACUACGAGGACUUCAGCGUGGGGAAGAAAAUCGGUCUUGCUUUCCAGACCCUUGGGGUUGUAUUCGGUGAUGUUGGGACAAGCCCUCUAUAUACCUUCAGUGUCAUGUUCAACAAAGUUCCUAUUAAUGGAGAUGAAGAUGUUAUUGGGGCAUUAUCUCUAGUUAUCUACACCUUAAUCUUGAUUUCACUAGUCAAGUAUGUACUCGUUGUUCUUCUGGCAAAUGAUGAUGGUGAAGGUGGUACUUUUGCUUUGUACUCUUUGAUUUGUAGACAUGCCAAGGUCAGUCUUCUCCCAAAUCAACUUCCUUCAGAUACCCGAAUAUCAAGUUUUAGGUUAAAGGUGCCAUCGGCUGAAUUGGAAAGAUCACUAAAAAUAAAGGAAAAACUUGAGGCUUCCUUGACUUUAAAGAAGCUUAUUUUGAUUCUCGUUCUUGCUGGAACUUCUAUGGUAAUAGCUGAUGGAGUUGUUACACCAGCAAUGUCGGUAAUGUCAGCUGUUGGUGGACUAAAGAUUGCAGUGGAGGCAAUCAACCAAGAUGAGGCUGUGAUGAUCUCAGUUGCCUGUCUUAUAGUUUUGUUCAGUGUUCAGAAGUAUGGCACUAGCAAAGUGGGGCUCGCUGUUGGUCCUGCAUUAUUCAUAUGGUUUUGUACUCUUGCAGGCCUUGGGAUUUAUAACCUUGUCAUAUAUGACCGCAGUGUCUUGAAGGCAUUCAAUCCCGUUCACAUAUAUUAUUUCUUCAAAAGGAACUCUACCAAUGCAUGGUAUUGCCUUGGAGGUUGUAUUUUAUGUGCUACCGGUUCCGAGGCGAUGUUUGCAGAUCUUUGCUAUUUCCCUGUGCGGUCAAUACAGCUUACAUUUGUCUUCCUCGUCUUGCCUUGUCUUUUCUUGGGUUAUUUGGGUCAAGCUGCCUACCUGAUAUCAAACCACAAUGGAGCUGAGCAUGUUUUUUAUAAUUCCGUUCCCAAAAGUGCCUUCUGGCCAGUUUUUCUCAUCGCUAAUGUUGCUGCAUUAAUUGCCAGUAGAGCAAUGACUACGGCUACCUUUUCGUGUAUAAAACAAUCGACAGCACUUGGAUGUUUUCCUCGUCUUAAGAUCAUUCAUACAUCUAGGAAAUUCAUGGGGCAGAUCUAUAUCCCGGUGUUGAAUUGGUUUUUGUUGGCAGUUUGCCUGGUGGUCAUCUGCUCCAUAUCUAGCAUGUAUGAGAUUGGAAACGCAUAUGGUAUCGCUGAGCUGGGAGUGAUGAUGAUGACAACUAUCUUGUUAACCAUUGUAAUGCUUCUUAUAUGGCAGAUAAAUAUUAUCAUCGUGAUGGGUUUUGCGAUGAUCUUUCUUGGGAUAGAACUGAUAUUUUUCUCGUCUGUCUUAUGGGGUGUGGGUGAUGGAAGUUGGAUCAUAUUGGUCUUCGCAGUGAUUAUGUUCUUCAUUAUGUAUAUCUGGAACUACGGAAGCAAGCUCAAGUAUGAAACUGAAGUCAAACAAAAACUGUCAAUGGAUUUAAUGCGGGAACUCGGAUGCAAUCUCGGGACAAUCAGAGCUCCUGGCAUCGGUUUGGUCUAUAAUGAACUAGUGAAAGGAAUACCUGCAAUAUUUGGCCAUUUUCUGACUACUCUUCCUGCUGUUCAUUCAAUGAUCAUAUUUGUCUGUAUCAAGUAUGUACCAGUUCCUGUUGUGCCUCAGAGUGAGAGAUUUCUUUUCCGCCGAGUCUGCCCAAAGAGCUAUCACAUUUUUCGCUGCAUUGCCAGGUAUGGUUACAAGGAUGUCCGAAAAGAAAAUCAUCAGGUAUUUGAGCAGCUCUUAAUUGAAAGCCUUGAGAAAUUCAUCCGUCGAGAAGCACAAGAAAGAUCAUUAGAGAGUGAUGGAGAUGACGAUACUGAUUCCGACGAGAUUCAUAGGUCGCAACUUCUCAUAGCUCCCAAUGGAAGUGUCUAUUCACUUGGCAUUCCUCUCCUCGCUGAAUUCAACGAGACUAGACCCAUAACUGAAAUCAUCAACGUACCAGAAGAGGUGCAGCCAAUUGAAUCUCUAGACCCCUCAAUCCCAGAUGCAGAGCAAUCACUUGAGAGAGAGCUUUCCUUUAUAAGAAAGGCUAAAGAAUCAGGUGUAGUGUACCUUCUCGGUCAUGGAGACAUUAGAGCAAGAAAGGAUUCUUGGUUUAUCAAGAAGCUAAUGAUCAAUUACUUCUAUGCGUUUUUAAGAAAGAACAGCAGGAGGGGCAUUGCCAACUUGAGUGUUCCCCACACCCACCUGAUGCAGGUUGGCAUGACAUAUAUGGUUUAGAAGCUCAAUUUUUGUUGCCAAUUUACUGUAGAAUCAAAUCAGAUAUGAAGAUUACCAACUAUGUGUAGCACGAGUGAAAGAAGUCCGAGAAAAAACAAAAACAAAAAAUGGAAAAUGGUCUUUUGCAAUCUCCGGUGCACUACAAUGCAACAUACUGUUGAUUUUCUAUGGCCAUCUGGAUUCAGAGGAAGCUCUGUUACAUCCUUGGUUACUCGGAGGGCUUUUCGAGGUUGUUGCCUGUGUAGUUCGUUCAUUCGUGUUCAUGCAUGGUGAUGAACGCCUGAGAUAUUUGAAAUUUCGUGAAUUCUGUUGAUGCAAUCCCUCGCUGUAGAUCUCUUACGACUUAAAAAGACCUCUUUGGAUUAGUUUGGCCUCCAUCCAACCUUUAGAUGCAUCAAUGAUUCAGUCUUGUAGUGAGUUGUUUUUACUGUAGCUUAUUUAUGUCCCCUACUUACUCUUUCCCCUUUUCAUGAUAAUGCAAAAUCGUGCUGGUAGUUGAAUUUCUAUUCA